UAUAUUUAUAUUUAUAUAUUAUAUAUUCGGAUCCACCGCCUCCUUAUUUCGCCACCAACAUUUCAAUCAAUUUUAGGGUUUUAAUUCAACUUUGCUGUUCGAUUCAAACUGAACAAACUUCGAUGAACGCACAUCGAUUCAGCUGGAGUGGUCAGGGCCUUACAUGAGGAAUUGGAUGAUGGUUGUCUUAUAGGGUGCAUUGAUCUUGAACAAGCAUACUUAAUUUAGUUAUCGAUCUUUUAAAAAAAUAUUUUAAGUUAAGUAGAGUUGAAUUAGGUUUAGCAAGUGAAAGAUAAUGAGUGAUAAGAAGGUCAAAGAGUCAGUGUGGUCUAGAGAACAGGAUAUCGCUUUUGAAAACGCACUCGUUAGUUAUCCUGACGAAGAUGAUGAGGAACGGUGGGAGAAAAUAGCAGCGGAGGUUCCCGGGAAUAAAUCGGUUGAAGAAAUUAAGAAUCAUUAUGAGUUGUUACUUGAGGAUUUGGAACGAAUAGAGUCUGGUGUUGUUCCUUUGCCUGUAUAUAGUUCUUCUUUGGAUGACUCAGAAAGCCAGGCUGGCGAUGUUGGGACCAGUAAGAAGGGCGGAAAUGCUGGUCAAAAUGUCAACGAGUCGAAUCAUGGAGGUAAGGGGUCAAAGUCAGAGCAAGAACGUCGCAAAGGGAUUGCUUGGACCGAGGAGGAACACAGAUUAUUUCUUCUUGGUUUGGAGAAAUAUGGAAAAGGUGACUGGCGAAGCAUAUCCCGGAACUUUGUGGUGACCCGCACCCCAACUCAAGUCGCAAGCCAUGCACAAAAAUAUUUCAUUCGUUUAAACUCCAUGAACAAAGAUAGACGGCGGUCAAGCAUCCAUGACAUCACCAGUGUCAACAACGCUGACGUGGCGGUUCCCCAACCGCCAACAAACAGCUCUCCUGGUAAGUCAACCAAACCACCAACGACAGUCAACAUGUAUGGCGGAACCGCUAUCGGCCAACCAGUAGUUGGAACACCUGUUAAUCUUGUACCAGCACCACACAUGGCGGCGUAUGGUGUGGGGACCCCUGUGGUCCCCGGUGCACCGUCGAACAUGGACCCGAGGGCUUCUCGUCGUAGGUAAUUAAGAUGGGAAAAUUGUACAAACAGUAGCUAGGGUUCUAUUUUGUGGUUGAUUUUGAGUAGAAAUAUAUUUCUUGAAGUUUUUUGAGAUUAGUUUUAUCAUAAUAUUUAAUUAUAUUCUAAUAAGACAAGGAUGAAUGGUUUGUUUACAUUUAUGUAGGUAUGGUUAAACCUUGAUUCUCAA